AUGGAGGAGUCAGGGGAAAAUUGGCCUUCGGAUUCUUAUUUGGAAGUAGGCGAUGACGUCGACGAUUUGUGUUUUGAUGACGGAGAAUUUGCGAGUGAGGAUGAUGAGGUCGAUUCCUUUUCCGAGAUGAGGAAGAUCCACAGAAAACAGAGGCAACAGGAACUCACGGAGAGGUUCCUUGCACUCUCAGCCACCAUACCUGGCUUCGAAAAGAUGGACAAGACUUCGAUCCUGGACAAAGCGAGCAACUAUGUGACACAACUUGAGCAACGUGUGAGAGAGCUGGAGCAAGAAGUUCAAUCCAGCAACGUUUGUGUCACCAGCAGCAGCUCUUGCGAAGUGAACUCCAAUGGCUAUUACCAUGGAUCAAAUCAAAUUCUACCCGAAGUCAAAGUGAAAGUGUCACAGAAGGAUGUGCUCAUCAUAGUUCACUGUGAUAAACAAAAAGGAAUCAUGCUCAAAAUACUGUCUGUCCUCGAAAGUAUCAAUCUCUCUGUAGUCAAUAGCAGCGUCUUGCGAUUUGGAAAGUCCAAACUCGAGAUCACAAUUGUUGCUCAGAUGGGUGAGGGAUACAAGAUGGGAGUGGAUGAACUAGUGAAGACCCUGAGAUUAGCCAUCUUGACUCAGUAG